AACAUAACUUUUAGGCAAAUGAAUUUGACCCCUUGAUUGGCAUCGUUGGCAGAGCAACAACAGACAUGCCAGUUCCAGUCAAACUUGACCCACCUCCCCCAGCUGAUUCCAUCCAGCCUGGUGUGACAACAACUUUACUUUACAAUGGCUCAAGAUUCCAAGGCCAACAAAAAAGCAAAGGAAAUUCAUAUGAUGUUGAGGUUGUACUUCAGUACUGUGAUAUGGAAAAGGCUUAUUUAUGUGGCUACCUAAAAAUCAAAGGUUUAACAGAGGAAUUUCCUACACUAACAACCUUUUUUGACGGAGAGAUAAUCAGUGCUAAACAUCCUUUCUUAACAAGAAAAUGGGAUGCAGAUGAAGAUGUUGACAGAAAACAUUGGGGAAAGUUUUUAACAUUUUUCGAGUUUGCCAAGAAUUUUAAUUCAGACAGUUUUGAUUAUGAAGAACUAAAGAAAAAAGAUUUUGUUUUUAUGAGGUGGAAGGAACAUUUUUUGGUGCCAGAUCACACAAUAAAAGAUAUUACAGGUGCUUCAUUUGCUGGGUUUUAUUAUAUAUGUUUUACCAAAUCUACUGCUACCAUAGAAGGAUUUUAUUAUCACAGAAGUUCAGAAUGGUUUCAAUCUUUAAAAUUACACCACUGUCCUGACAGAAGUAUUCCAAUAUAUCAGUUUAGAUGAGAUGUCUACAAUUAAAACAUUAUAGAAUACCAAAUACAGAGUUAAACAGCCGAGUAUAGACUUCUACUUAAAGCAUAAGAAACAGGAAGAAUAUAUUAACAAUUAUUUAUAUUUAUAGACAUAUGUAAAUUAAAUACUAUAGCUCAAACUAUUGUUAAAUUGUUAAUAUAUUUUAAUAUAAUUAUAGAAAUGGAAAAUAUUAAUUUACAGUACAUCUAUAAAAAAAAAUAUUAAACCACAUCAUAUUAUGCUUGACAUAGAAAAGUGUUAUACUGUAUUUGAAAAUGGAGUGUUCGAUGCGAUCCAGGGCUUUCACUUUAAAAUUUGCCAACUGGUAUUUUGUUUACCUCAGAUAAGCAAGAUAUUUUUAAUAAUUACUCAUUUUUUUUAUAUAUAAGUUUUAAAAAGUUUUUUUUUUUUUACACAUAAUAGCUAUAAAUUUAACUGGAUUAAAGUAGUUUGGCUCUAUGAAAUUCUAAUUAAAUUUAUGGCUGGUCAAUUUCACUGCCAGUUAGUGAUGACUGUCAAAUAUGAUUGAAACGAGAGCCCUGUUAUGAUCAUACUGUGUUUGUGUGUGUGUGUGUGUGUGAAUUAAAUUAUAAUAAUGUCAAACUACAAACUAUGUAAAGGACUGUCAUAUUAUGAUAGUUAUGAUCAGCAUAAUUGUGUUAUUGAAUAAGUUUAAUGUAAAAGAUUUGAGACAUGAAACUGAUAGAUGAGGGAUUGAGAUCGCAUAAUUUUAAUAUGAGAAAAAUACUAUUAAUUCAAUCAGUAUUUGAUUGAAUUAGGGCAUUUGACAUUUGAUAAAUGGUAGGGGAACGGAUCCAAUACUUGGUCUGUAGAUACAAUUUGCAUGCUUACAAAAUCCUUGGAAAGUAUUUAAACUUAACUGUCCAAAUAUUUGCCUGGGUUUGAGAUAUUAGAGAAUAUUAAAAACCUAGGUUAAUAGCUGAAAUGUAUUGCAUUGCUAACUACUAUUAAAUUCAAAAACCCUAAUUUAAAAAACUGAUCUAAUAUUUCUGAGUACUGUAACACUCUAAUGUUCGUGGAUUCGCUGCUAUGUUACAUUAAUGAUUUACUGUAGAAUACACAUGUAUAUUGUAUCUCUAUAAAAAAAUCUUUGUAUAUUAUCGAUGCAAAUAAGUUUAUUUUUGUACAUGAAUUGUUAUACCCUUUGGGGUUUGUUUUUUUUUUUUCCUUUUUUUUUUAAAAGAUACAUUAGUUAAGAGUUUAAUAAAUAGUUGGCCAUUCUUACUAUAAUAAUUCAAAAAUAGAUGAUAAAAAAAGAAAAUAUUGAAGAUUUCAGUCAAAUUACUUUAUUCUGAACAAAGUCGUCACUGUUAGAAGUUUGGACUAGAAAUAGGCAUAAACUGAGAAUUGCUGAUCAUUUGAUUGGCAGACGAUAACUCCACCCACAUAUUCUCAAUUAUCAAGUAACAUUCUCAAUGGCUAUGGUACCCUCGAUUAGCAGGCCUUUCGUCGGUAGUGACGUCGGUGAUAACGGUAAACGUUCACUUGGUCAGCCAUUUAUUGAUUUAAUUGUUAAAUGAACAACUGUUUAAAUCUAAGCGGUAUCCAAGCCAUCCAAGGGUCUACAGAGUUGAUUUUGAGCUUGUCAUGUAAAUAAAGGCCUAAUUAAUGAUUUCUAUAACAUCUGAAGCCUAAAGAAAGACUUACAAUAGGCAGAUUUAGCUCUUAGCUAAUGUAUCUUUAAUUACAGAUUAACACCCAUGUAUAUAAUAUAGUUUAAGCAUGCAUUAUGCAAGAGCUAAAUCUGCCUAUUGCAGGUCUUUCUUUAGGUCUUAAAUGUUACAUAAAGUAUUAAUUAGACAUUUAUUAACAUGACAAGACCAUAAUCAAAUCUCGAUGCCAUCUGAUUUUUCCGAUAUAAAGAAGAUUUUAACGAUUCGGCCAUUUAAUUUAAAAAUGGAGAAGCAAGUCAAAGCUUCAAAAACCGGUACGUUGGUUACAAUCAAUUCACACAUCUUGUCAAACAUUCAAAGGCUAAUAUAUUCGCUCAGAAUAAACAAUUUGAAUGAAAUUUUCAAUAUAUUCAUUUUUCAUUAUCUGUUUUUGAUCUGUUAUAGCAAGAAUUGCUAGCUCUUUGUCUGAAUUUUAUAUAAUGUUUCUUUAAAUAUGAGGUUUGAUUUUGUUUUGCUUGUAGCAUGUAAAAAUGACAAGAUAAAACCCAAUUCGUACCUAUUCAUUCAGCAUAAGAACUCACUGACAUCAAGUAUCAAAAAAUAUUUGUAUGUGUUAAAUAUCCAAUCCAUAAGAAAUACAUGAUUGAUAAUUGGGGGAGCCAAAAAUUAUGAGAUCAGUUUUACAUUGAGGUAGCAGACAUUGUCAAAAUGGAUGUGGGACUUCAGCUAUGAAACAUUUGAACGGAACACUUGAUAGGAUUUCUUUCUGCUGUAUUGUUUGAACAACAACAAAACGUUCUCUUAUUAAAUUAAGGACAAAUAAUACAUACAUUGAACCAACUUGAUCAAGUAAUAUCUGCAGUUGCUAUCUUUCUGUUAUUCAUUAUAAAUUUUUGUCAUAAUCUUCCACGAAUAUUAUCAAGGGGUCACCAGGCUAGCCAAACACUGAUUAUGAAAUUUAAGAGACCACAUUAUACAUCUAUGCCCCAUCUGAGAUGCCGGUGAGAGGGUUAGGUGUAAUAAUUCCACAAGUUAUAUAUAUUACUAUGUGUGUAUGUAUUAUAAGGAAACACAUACAUGUAAUCAAAACUAAUAAAAUUGGUCUCCAGUGAUGCUAUGUGAUCUAUUUAAAUAUUUUAAUGUACUUAUGAAAAGUUUUAAUCUACGAAUAACUUCUAUAUACCAUUUCAACUUAUAUACUUGGGUUUGUGAGUUGAUAGCCUUUGUUAUGAUUGAAUAAAAUUUUAAUCCUUGA